GAGAUAGAGGGGGAAAGAGAGAGAGAGAGAGAGGAAAGUAGUGGAGGUAACAGUAGUGGAGGAGAGGACAAAUUGACGAACGUACGUCGCGGAUCUUUUGGCGGAUACGCUACUUGUCGUCGUCGUCGUCGUCAUCAUCAUCAUCGUCGUCGUCGUCGUCGUCGUCGUCGGUGUUGCCGUAUUACCGGUAACCGCCACACACUGCCGUUAUCGAUGCUCAGUCGAAUCGGCCACGAUCCAACGGGAGUUUCGUACACGUUUCUCUCUCGCUGUGUAUCGCGCGCAACCGAUAUAUACAACGUCCUUCUCCCUGACCCGGCGAUCUUCUUCUUCUUCCCUUUUUUUUUUCUUAUUUUUAUUCCCUUCUCUCCUCUCCUCUUCCCUUUUUUUUUUUUAAAUUAUUCGUUAUACAUUUAUUUAUUUAUUUAUAUUUCAUCCUUCUCCUCUCCACUCUUCCCUUCUCCUUUUUCCUCGUCCGAUAAUCCAACAACGGACGUUCCAUCCGGACAUUUCUCGACCGCCGAAUAAUUCGACUCGAAUAAUUCGACUCGCCGGGUCGACUCGGAAUCGGCGACGAUAUGAUCGAAUCCGUGUAACGUAAAUCCAAUCGGUGUAUAUCGUGCAACACGAACAAUAAAAACAAAUAAAUAAAAUAAUUUUUUUCCGAGUGUUGAGUGACGGAUCCUCCUCCGCGUCUCCUUCUCCGUCUCUCUCUCGUUCUCUGGAAUCGAGAAUCGAAUUUCGGGGGGAGAAGGGAGAGGUGGGGUGGCGGCGAUUAAGCCUGCGCUUGGAUCGCCUCGAUCGCUGCGAUUUUUCGACGCGGGACCCGGCGGAAACGGAACGGGGAGAAGUUUCCAGGAGAGCAGAGAAUCGAGAAGAAGAGGGAAGAGAGAAGCGGGGGCUGAUAAGGCGAUCUGAAGCGGCUGCCGGGAUGCGGCACGAGGAGCCGCUCAGCUGCAGCUAACACGUGGCGACUCCACGCGCACUCCGCGAUCCCUAGGAAGGCGUAUCUCAUCGUGAGAGGCUGGGACCUCCAGGAUGCCAGGGGUGUGGAGGUUGCUACGUAUGCUGAUCUAUAUGGUGGUUGGCUUGAAGAGCGUUGGUAGCAGCAGCGACAUUUGGCCGCUGGAAAGGCCAGAGGGAAUGCCAGCCAUACAGUCCCUCGAAGUGAUGUGUGGAAAGGAUCACAUGGACGUACACCUCUCGUUCUCCCAACCCUUCGAGGGCAUCGUCUCGUCCAAAGGCCAACACGCGGAUCCGCGAUGCGUCUACGUUCCACCGUCCACAGGCCAGACCUUCUUCUCCUUUCGGAUAGCCUACGCGAGAUGCGGUACCAAGCCAGACAUGCACGGACAAUUCUACGAGAAUACGGUAGUCGUUCAAUACGACAAAGAUCUGCUCGAGGUGUGGGACGAGGCUAAACGACUGCGUUGCGAGUGGUUCAACGAUUACGAGAAGACAGCUUCGAAACCGCCGAUGGUCAUCGCGGAUCUCGACGUAAUCCAGUUAGAUUUCAGAGGCGACAACGUGGACUGUUGGAUGGAAAUUCAACACGGCAAGGGACCAUGGGCACCUCCCGUCUCCGGAAUAGUGCCCCUCGGCUCCACCCUCACCCUGGUCGUCGCCAUAAACGAUUAUCGAGGCGAAUUCGACAUGCGAGUGAAGUCUUGCGUGGCCUCGGACGGAGGCGGGCACACGAUACAGCUGAGCGACGAGUUCGGAUGCGUGCUGAGGCCGAAGAUGAUCAGCCGAUUCUUGAAGGCGAGGGGCUCCGACGAUCGCGCAACGGUCAUCACUUACGCCUUCUUUCACGCGUUCAAGUUCCCGGACGCGUUAAGCGUGCACAUCAAGUGCAAGGUUGAGAUCUGUCGUCACGGGUGUUUGGAUCACUGUCAGCUCAGCGGAUCCGUCGGCCACUACAUUCAAGAGCGCAAGGAUCAGAUACGACCGCAGUACCCGCAAACCACAAUACCUCCCACCGUUCACAACAACGAGGACGACGACAACAACAACAACAACAACAACAGCGCCGACAAGGGUAACGAAAACGCGGGAGGUGGGGGCGAGCAGGCGGAUGGCUCCCUUUACGAUGACAUCAUACAGGAUGGUGACGAGAUGGCUUCGAUAGGUGGCCACUUUUUGGGAGUGGAGAAGUCUGUACCGAAAGCGCAAGCGCAGACGAGCAACCGGUUGCCAGCGCCAGUCGUCGAGAUACCGAACGAAAAACUUCAUACGGACGAGACGACAGAUCCUUCGAGCCGACCGUUCCUUGAUCCGGCACGGGUAACGCGAUACGAGAGCGAUCGGGACAAAUUCCCUCACGGACCUCGCAAUCUGGAAGGAGACACUAUACCGAGCGUGACACCGCUCUCGUCCCCGAACGGCAGACGAAAGAGAUCGGUGAUCGUGUCGGAUAGGAAAAUCCGUAGCGCGGACGUCGGCGUGAGCGGUUUGUACGAGGUUAUAUCCGAGGCCGAUCUAGCGUUCAGCCCGGACACACACGCGGAAGCGGUAACCGUGUUUCAAGGCAGAAUACGGGAGGAGGUGGUAUACGGUAUCUGCCUGCCCAUGCCGGGUUUCAGCGCCCUCUUCAUCGUGGUGGCGCUCUCCGCGGUCGUUUCUGCGCUUGUCGCGGGCGCGAUGCUCCAUCGGUUGCAGGCGCAACGCGAGGCCGCCGACAGCAGAAAGAACAAUGGAGCUGUGCACUCGACCAACGGGUGGUUACCUUACGGGUUGCUGCGCGUACGCUGCGCGGCGAGACCAGCCCAUCCGGAACAGAUUCAGCAAAAACAAACGAGUCCAGUCGCAGCCACGACGAGUCCACCGGUCGAGAGAGGAGGCUGACGGACUUUCCGUGACUUUUGUGUCGCUCGUGUCGCGGGACGCGCGACCGUGUACAACGCUCCACGAAAGACAAUGUGCAAUAAUCACGCUGUACAAAGUAUUUUAAGUGCGUCGAAUCGUACGCGCGACAGAGUCUCCUCCUUAUAUAAUCAACGAUCGCAUCAAUGGGACGAAGAUGUUAUGAAAAAAAAAAAAAGAAAAGAAAAGAAAAAAGAAAAGAUAAUGCAGCUGGUGCGUUUCGUGAUCGGAGAAUCUUCGACUCCUCUCAAUCUCCCCUCCUUCUCGUUCAUUUAUCUAUCUCCCCUCCCCUUUCUCUUCUCUUCCCCUUUCCUUCCUCUUUCCCUCGUCCGAGCAAAGCAUACGGAAGCGUUUAUCGAACGAUUAUUUUCGACGAGAAUAAAAAAUAUUGGUAUUGGGUAAGUAAGGAAAAUAAUCAUCGCUAGAAACAAUAUUCGCCGUACGGGACGAGAUAUUGAUGAGAUAUUCGCGAGGGGGAAUUGGCGUUGCUCGCUUACGUAGUUUCCUCUCGAGUUGUCGAGUGAAUAUUGUAAGGGAAAAAAAAAAAGAAAAAAAAAAAAAGAAAAAAAAAAAGGAAGAAAAAAGGAAAAAAAAAAAAAACACUUGUUUCGCUUGAUAUUGCGAAUAAUCAUAUUAUCAGAUACUUUGUGUUAUUGUUUCGCAUCCAUCGAUUCGCCGCUAAUUUCGAUCGAAUCGAACAUGAUUAAGGGAGGAUUGAACACGCGUCUUUUCCUCCCCUACAGAUAACGAUGAUGAACUUGAGAAGGUAUGCGUACUAAUAUUUUUCUAAUAAGUCUGUAGAAUACGGGAAUUAAAAGUGCGAUUAAAAAAAA